AUGUGGCCGUACCUCCUAAACAUCAAAAUACAGCACGCUCAUCUUAAAUGCCAAGAUCCUGCUAGCCCAGAUGCAGAUCUACCAACAAUCAUAGUACCAAACCCCGGCACCGCCGCAUUCCGCGGCAGAGCGGUUGCACGGAGCCGAGCCACCCCGAAGCUGAGAGUGCGUGCGCUUGAGCAGCCCCAAAAUGAGCCCCAUCACUGUAUCGGCCACCUCCUCGGCCUUGCUCACGUCGACGUGGACCAUCCGGCUCAGCCCGAGGUCGGCCGCGAGGGCCGAGUCCACGGCCUAAUCAGAGGAUCCAAGGCACAUGAUCAGUUUCCAGGGUCGGAGCUGACGCUGGGCGGCGCGCGGGAGGAACGAGAGCGAGUGGAUAAGGACCGCCGCGGCCAAGUCGAUCCGCGACUCAGCCAGUCGGCUCAGUGGCACGUGCUCCACCUGCGCCACGCCGGAGAGGCAUUCCUUCUCGAGCGCCAUGUCCUCGAUGCAAUUGAGCGCGACAACCACAGGAUGUGGAUGGGUUUGAGGAGCGGUGCUACCACGACAAGACAUUGCCGCCGGAUAUAUCCUCCUCUAUCUCUACUGUAA